AUGAUUGAUUUGCAAAAUGUGACUUCUCCAUUGGAAUCUCUUGAUUUGAGCAACAACAUCUUGGAAGGGACAAUACCUUCAUUCUCCUUUCAACUUCAAAGCCUUACAUCACUAGAUCUUUCAUCAAACAAAUUUUUUGGUCAAAUGAUUGAUUUGCAAAAUGUGACUUCUCCAUUGCAAUCUCUUGAUUUAAGUAGCAAUGACUUUGAAGGGACAAUACUUCCAUUCUUAUUUCAACUUCAGAAUCUUACAAUGCUCAGUCUUUCAUCAAACAAGUUUAACGGUAUUGUACAUCUAACAAAAUUUAAAAGCCAGUAUAUUGAGAGUCUUGACUUUUCCCAUAACAAUUUGGUAAUUGAGACAACCAUAAGCACAUCAGAACUUCCCUUACCCCCUCAGUUUGGACAGUUACAUUUGGCCUCCUGCAAUUUGCAAAAAAUUCCUGAUUUUUUGAAAAGCCAAUCUAAAUUGUGGUGGUUAAAUCUUUCCAACAACACUAUUAGUGGAGAAAUUCCUAAUUGGAUAUGGGGAAUUGGUAAUGGGCAACUCAUUUACCUCAAUCUUUCUCACAAUCGUUUGACGCAUAUGAAAGAGCCAAUGGAAUACGGUUCUCUUCAAUUCCUUGAUCUAAAUUCUAAUAUGCUAAGUGGACAGAUUCCACGACCACCACCUGAGGCAAAGUAUUUAGACUUCUCCAACAACAAUUUCUCCAUGAUUCCUCUUGAUAUUGCUGAUCAAAUCCCAGAUGUCUAUUUCUUUUCCAUUGCAAAAAAUAGAGUAAGUGGAAAGAUCUCAACUUCCUGGUGUCGAGUAGCAGCCAAUCUGAAAGUGCUCGACUUGUCCCACAAUGCUUUGCAUGGCACAAUACCAUCAUGUCUGGCUCAAAAUAACAGCAAUCUCGUUGUAGUGAAUCUUAGAGGAAAUCAUUUAAGUGGUGAGAUAUCACUGAUGUUUCAACACAGUCGUUCUUUAGAGACAUUGGAUCUUAGUCAAAAUCUCUUAGAAGGGAAAGUUCCUCCCUCCUUGAUCAACUGCACAAAGCUUAAGAUCUUAAAUCUUGGAAACAACAAAAUAAGUGAUACCUUUCCUUGUUGGCUCAAUAAAUUGUCAAAUCUGCACAUUCUUGUAUUGCAUUCCAAUCAUUUUCAUGGAAGCGUUUCUUGUCCCAUGCUUGGGGUAAACAACAGCUGGCCAAGUUUACAAGUCAUUGACCUAUCUUCCAAUAAUUUCAGUGGACAUAUACCAACUGAUUUAUUCUUGGCAUUAAAAGCUAUUUUGGUUGAAGGGAAUGAAUUAAACUCAAAGGCUGACUACUUGCACUUCAGUGGAAAACACAUUUACUAUCAAGACUCAGUCUCACUUUCUCUAAAAGGACAAAUUUACACUAUAGAGAAUGUUCUAUCUAUCUUCACUUCUAUUGAUUUUUCAAGUAAUCAAUUUGAAGGCAGUAUACCAGAGUGUGUUGGAGAGCUUAAACAGCUUUAUCUCCUCAACAUCUCCCACAAUGCCCUAACUGGCAAUAUUCCUCCAUCUCUUCAAAACUUGAAAGCUUUGGAAGCACUGGACCUCUCAUUCAAUAACCUAACAGGAAAUAUUCCUGUGCAACUUGAGAUCCUAACCUUCCUGGAAGUCUUAAACUUGUCAUACAACCAUCUCGUUGGAAGGAUUCCAAGAAGCACUCAAUUGGAUACCUUUGAUGCAAGCUCAUUCAUGGGAAACAAGGGGCUAUGUGGAUUCCAAAUUAAUGUAUCUUGCACUGGCAUUGAUGAACCAGCAUCUCCAAUACCAGAAUCAGAAGAGAAAGAAUCAACUCACCACGUUGAUAUCUACAUUAGCGUUGCAUUUGGAUUUGCUGCAGGUCUAGGAGGAAUCUUUGUGCCACUUUUGCUAUCCAGCAAAUGGAGAUCAUAUUAUAACAAGAUGAUAGAUGGAAUUCUGUCAAAGAUAUUCUUUCAGAGAGGUCAAGGGAGAAAAAAGAAGUCUCGUUAA